AUGCCACAAAUGCAGUUUCUCGAAGACGAAGAACGGAAAGACAAUGCCACAAAUGCAGUUUCUCGAAGACGAAGAACGGCGGUUUGCUGGUCCGAGUGUUUCCCUCAUCGACAACGCAGACUGCGUAAUCAGUCGGCAGUAGAUGACACUGACGAAGUCGACGUAUCGGACGAUUCCGUUACUGACUCAUCGUUCACUUCUGAUUCUGCGAGUGACCGGGACGCAUCAAGUGACGAUGUUUCCAGUGAUGAUGAUAGUGAUAGUGAUUAUGUUAUCACUACUCGAAGAAGCGCGGAGGAAGAGGAGGAGGUGGAGGAUGGCAAUCUUCCACUCCGCGAGUCAUCUGCGACGAACUGUGAAUCCAGUCGAUCAACAUUUUUGCCAACCGAUUAUGCUGACGAUCAGCCAGGUCCAUCAAAUGUCAAAGCAGCUCCUUUGAAUGUCUCUGAAUUAAUUUCAUUCAUUGAUGACAAUGCAUCGAGCGUUUCUGAUUCCCCGUUUUCUGAACAGCCCUCAUCAGCUGCAUUCCCGGAUGACAGUGAUGAUGAAGCCAAAGUUGACUUUCCGCGAUGGAUGCGCCUAACUCAGCCCCUUCGCUUCCCAUAUGUGGCGCAGCUGGAGGACGAGGUGGUUUAUUUCCGGCAAGGGCACGAAUUUUAUUUGAAUGCUGUCGAAACGAGAGGUCUUUACUAUGUGACGCCUCGGCUUCGUCCUCUUGCACACCUCAAUGCCGAGGAAUUUUGCAUAGUUGAAGAGGUGAAAUAUUUGAGGAAGCCGUACAGGUUGAUUGCACUGAAGCUCGCUCAGACAAGUGCAGCUGGAGUUCGUACCGGAUUGGUAUUCUCUGUUAAAUAUCAUGACAUGGAAAAUGUACCAGAUUUUAUUAUCCUGCGACAUCUUUAUGAUGAAUCAGUGGCACACCGUUAUCAACCGGGAACGCGAAUCGAAACAAUCCUGGAUAAUCACUGGUGGACGGGCACCAUCGACAAAAAGGAAGUUCACGAUGAAGAAAAUUACCCAAGGUCGAAUUGGUAUUGCCUUACUGUAAGAUGGGACACUGGUGAGGAUGAAAAAAUGAGUCCAUGGGAUGUUCAACCUUUAUUGCCUCAUCGUCGCUCAGGAAUUGCUAGUGAAGAAGAUCAAGUCCUGUUUUCGCAAUAUCCAGUUGAUGAACAACACUGGCGUGGUGCCGUAAAGGGUAUCAGAGCGUGUUCCGAUCGCAUCAUUGAAGCAAUAAAAAGCUUAGAAAAUGACCCAGACAUUAAGCCGUUCACAGCUCCGGUCAGUCUCGUCGAAUAUCCGGAUUAUUUAUGGGAUGUUGAUUAUCCGAUCGACUUGAGCACAAUUCGUCAGCGAGUUGAAAAUCGAUUCUAUAGGUAUUUUUAA